CCUGACGAUGGGACGUCGCCCUCGCAACGUAGCCAUGCAAGUCAGCGGCUGUAUUUAUUACACUCGUAUCGGCAAACAACUACUAUGCAGCAUCAGGGAACCUCUGCUUAUUCGCCUCGUCGACUGCCUUGCGUACACCCGUAACAUUCUGAAGCACCGUCGGAUGAUCGGAGUGCACGCAGAUGCUGAAUGGCUUUCCCUCAAACCCAAAGCUAAAGGUCCCGCCGCUGUUAUCCUUGCCCUCGUCCUUCAAUGAUGCAGACAAGGCCCUCUCGUAGCACAAUUCUGGUGUAGCCACCUUGGACUGCGCCACUGGUAUGAGCUUCCCUUCUGGAGAGUAAUCAAUGUCGACGUAGACCUCCCCUUGGAACGGGAUGCCCAGCUCCUUGCACAUGGCUUCUUGUGUAGCGUUUUGCGAUGCGUAGACUGGGAUGUUGUCCCCAAACGUGGCGCAAGCUUCCAAAACAGCUCUCAUGAUGGUCUCGUCUCUUUGCAUAUAGAAGAAGAGCUCCCCGUGAGGCUUGAUAUGGGAUAACUCGACGCCCUCCGAAUUGAGUAUGGCUUUGAGGGCGCCGACCUGGUAUAGCACCAUGGCGUACAUGUCUUUGGGGUCGAUCUCGAUCUUUCUGCGACCGAAGCCAAACAUGUCUUGCAAUCCCGGGUGCGCUCCGGCCUUGACGCCAUGCUUCUUGCACAGGCGAACUGUCUUGAGCAUGAUGGAAGGGUCGCCGGCAUGGUAUCCGCACGCAAUAUUGGCGGCGUCGAUGUAAGGCAUCAGUUCCUCGUCCGGGCCCAUCUUCCAGCGGCCGAAGCCUUCGCCCAUGUCGGCGUUGAUCUCGUAUUUGCGCGCCAGUCCUGAGGCCAUUCUGAAGUGUUGGGAUAACGGGCGAUGUCCAGGGAGGUUUGACCUUCGGGAAACCGUAUGACGUAACGGGAGACGAUGGAGUAAGCGUAAAGGAGGCAUCUUGUCUUUGCUGCCUCAAUGUCGUCUAAUAAGAACGCUUCUACAGUCGAAAUGAGAGAUGGAUGGUACUCUACCGUUGGGGUAGACGUUUGGGGUCCAUUACUCCAAAGGGACGUCUUGGGGUAUGCUGGAUCAGGUGGUCCUUAUCACUGAACUCCGCCGACAGGGGUUCCUGAUAGUAAUGGAUGCCCAUUGUGACCCCAUCAAUUGGUACGAUGCGGGGUCUACUGCAUCUGCCGUCCACACCCUUUGAGGUACAGACCAACGACGUCAACUGAGCAAAGAGGGCAAUCAUCUUACCAGAAACCUACCACAGCCUACCGGGACCUCCACCCGACAAACCUUCAUGCGCUUCGCCGAUGAUCCCUUAUCUCAACCCGGUACUCCGGCAAUGCUACUGGAUGCGUUCCCCUCUCCUGGAUAGCUGUUGGGGUAACGACAUGAAAGGCAUUCAGGGUAGCCACCGGCCCGGUGUGGGCGCGUCUUGCCUCGAAUCACUAACAUGCGGACGAACGGAAUGGACUGAUUGAUAUACUGGGGGCCACGAACCCAACUUCGUAUGGUCUACCCCUCCAUGUGCCCUCUGACCGCGUCCAAAUUGUCGCUGACACCUCAACGAAGCUAUGCAUUCCAGGCCACUUCGCAGCAUUAAGAAGGUCCUGGUGGCCAAUCGUGGCGAGAUUGCUGUUCGCUGCAUCAAGGCUUGCCGUGAGCUCGGUGUCCACAGCAUUGCCAUCUAUACGGACGCCGACACAACAUCACUACAUGCCUUGCUGGCCGACGAGGCGAUCGCGCUGCGGGGUAGCGACACUUAUACAGAUGGAGACGCCAUUCUAGAAAUCUGCAAACGCAGCGGCGCCGAUGCUGUGUUCCCCGGAUAUGGAUUCCUUAGCGAGAACGCCGACUUUGCCGACGCCGUCACGACUGCAGGCAAGAUCUUUAUGGGCCCUUCAUCCGCUUCCAUCAAGGCCAUGGGCCUGAAGCAUGAAGCGAGAGCCAUUGCUGAGGCCGUAAAAGUCCCCGUCAUCCCCGGUACUUCAUUAAUUCCAUCGACCCAGGAGGCCAUAGAGGGGGCCAAAAAGCUUGGUUUCCCGGUCAUGCUGAAAGCCACCGGAGGAGGCGGCGGUAUGGGCCUGCAGAUAUGCCACAACGACGAUGAUAUCCCAAAAGCAUUUGCCACAGUCGAGAGUCGCGCGGGCGCUCUGUUCAAGAACAGCGGCGUCUUUCUGGAGAAGUAUUAUCCUCGAUCCCGACACGUCGAGGUGCAAGUCUUUGGAAACGGCGAGCAAGUGGUUGCAUUCGGGGAGAGGGAAUGUUCUCUCCAACGACGUCACCAGAAAGUGGUUGAAGAGUGCCCUAGUCCGUUCGUUGCGCGAACGCCAGGUCUCCGUGAGAAGAUGCUCCGGGCGGCAGUCGACUACGCCUCACAACUCAAGUACAAGAGUGCCGGCACUGUCGAAUUCUUGGUCGACGAUGAAACGGCCGAUUUCUUUUUCCUCGAGAUGAACACGCGUCUCCAGGUCGAACACGGCAUCACAGAAAUGUGCUAUGGGGUUGAUCUGGUUCACUUGAUGCUGCAGCAAGCCGACUACGAGCACGCCGGUCAGCUCGGCAUUCCCACGGACGAGCUACGAAGUCUCCCACAAGCACAGCCGAACGGUGCGGCCAUCGAGGUCCGAGUAUAUGCUGAAGUACCCCUGCUCAACUUUGCUCCUAGCCCGGGCCUUCUACAGCAUGUCAGCUGGCCCAAGGGCGAUGGUAUCCGGGUGGACACAUGGGUGAAGAGCGGCCAGCAAAUCACACCCCUCUACGACCCUUUGGUCGCAAAAGUCAUGGUACACAGCAAUGACGGUCGAGCUGAGGCGCAGGAGAAGAUGCUAACCGCUCUGGAUCAAACUGUUUUGCAAGGUACACAGACGAACUUGCAGUACCUCUCACAGGUACUACAUUCUGACGAGUUCACCAAGGGCGAUACGCUCACCUCUUUCCUACCCACUUUCAAGGCAAAGGUAUGCGCCUUACAAGUACUCAACCCUGGUGUCUUCACUACGGUUCAGGAUUACCCUGGGAGACCAACGAUCGGACACGGCGUGCCUCCCGGCGGACCGAUGGAUGAUUUGAGUAGUCGGGCAGCAAAUAUUCUCGUUGGCAAUGACGCUCAAGUCGAGGUCCUCGAAAUAGCAAUGUCUGGUCCGGAACUCCUGUUCCAUGAAUCGGCCGUGGUGGCCGUGUGUGGCGCCCAAGUUCCCGUCAGUGUUGACGGCAAGCGCCAGCCGAUGUGGUCCCGAAUCCUCGUGCAACAGGGGCAGACGCUCAAAAUUGGCAACGUCACAGGUGACGGCCUUCGGACCUACCUCGCAGUUAAAGGAGGCUUCCCAGACAUACCUCUUUAUCUCGGUUCCAAGUCAACGGCGCCAGAGCUCGCGUUCGGCGGUCUUCAGGGCCGUAAGUUGCAGAUCAACGAUAUUCUCGCCCUUGCCCCUGGGACAGCAAGCUGGGCAGCGGCAGCCACACCCUUUUCUUUACCACAAAAGGCAAUCCCUGACUAUGGGCACUCGGAGAUAUUCUGCCUUAAUGGUCCGUAUGGCUCGGAAGACAUACUGACCCCCGAGGGCAUGGCAACAAUCACCAACUCUGAGUGGACCGUCAGCCACAAUAGUAGUCGCAGUGGCAUUCGACUAGAGGGUCCACGACUAAAGUGGGCACGCACCACCGGCGGGGGAGGCGGAUCUCAUCCAUCAAACGUCUUCGACUACGGGUAUCCCAACGGCGGUGUCAACUGGACCGGGGAGUUUCCCAUCAUCUUUUCCCGCGACCGCCCGGACCUCGGCGGGUUUGCUUGCGCGGUCACCAUCUGCUCAGCCGAGAUGUGGAAAGUUGGUCAACUGAAGUCGGGCGACAGCGUUCAGUUGCGGCUGGUUUCCUUUGAGGAUGCCAUGAAGAUUAAACACACAAACGAGGCCUACUUGAGGUCUUUGGGUGCUCUGGUGGCCGGUAAUGACGCCGAAAUCGUGCCGCUCAAGUUGGAGUUCGGCUCACGGACCACAAGCUCAAUAUUGCACCUGGCCGAAUCGAAAGGAGAUCAUCCUCGCGUCACUUACAGGCAAGGUGGCGACACUUCCAUCAUAGUAGAAUAUGGUGAACAAGUUGCGGAUCUGCGCAACACGGUCUGCGUCCAUAUUCUCGAGGAAAAGCUUGCGGCGCGCAACCUUGCGAGCGUGCGUUGUGAGCCGAACCUCGCUACCCUCACAGUGCACUACGACCCGCUACAGAUAUCUCAAUCCGAGCUGCUACAAAGCUUGGUUGAGCAAGACGAGAGUAUCGAAGAGAUUGUUGGCAUCAAGGUGCCCGUUCGCGAAGUCAACCUGCCGCUUUAUGUUGACCACCCCACCAUCACAGAAGCGACAGAAAGAUACAUGGAGAGCGUUCGGCCAACUGCUGCCUACCUACCAGACAACGUCGAGUAUUUGCGGAAGAACAACGCAUUGGAGACUCGUCGCGACGUAUUUGACUCACUGCUCAAGACACCCUGGCUCACAGUUGCAGUCGGCUUCUUCCUCGGAACCCCUGUCAUGUUUCCGCUCGACCCCAAGUACGUAUUCACGGGGCAGAAAUACAACCCUAAUCGCGCGUACACUCCGAGCGGCUCAGUCGCACUCGGUGGGUCUCUGCUUGUCGUUUAUCCCGUGGCCUCACCAGGCGGCUACCAGCUCAUGGGCCGCACGUUGGGUACGUGGGAUAUGAUGGGCACUCGAGCCGGCUUUUCUCCGACGCGACCUUGGUUGUUCAACAAUUUCGAUAUCGUUAGGUUCCACGAGGUGUCCAAGGAAGAAUUUGACCAAGUAGAACGAGACUUUGAAGCCGGUAGAUAUGUGUUCAACAUCUCCGAUGAGACCAUCAGCAUGGACGAGUAUAUUGCCAAGUUUGACACUGCAGCCCGCGAUCCCGCACAUCAAGAAUGGCGGCAGCGUCAGGACGCCGCUGCCAAGGAAAUGGGAGAGCUCGAACAGCGGCUCUUUGGUGAAUGGACUGCCGCCAAGGAUGCGGCUCUGUUGGAACAAAGUGAAGGGGGCGGGGACGAUGCAUCAGCAGAUGCUGUGGCUAUCGAGUCGCCCAUGAACGCCAACGUUUGGAAAGUUCUGGUAGAAGUCGGGGACGUGCUUGAGGCGAAGCAGGCGGUGGCGAUUUUGGAGGCGAUGAAGAUGGAAAUCAAGGUGAUUGUUCCAGACUCUCAUGUCGGGGCAGUCGUGACGAAGAUUCCACGGCCGCCAGGGACUGUCGUCAGUCCAGGGAUGCCAAUCAUAGUGGGCAAGAAGGCUUCUUAGCCUAGUAUGUAUGCUGAGUUACG